GUCUCCGCAUUGCUGCGUAACCCUGGCCUACAGGCGCAGGCCCUAGAAGCAAACUCAACUCUUUGAUCUUCUCUAGCAAUGUCCACCCAGUCACCGUUGGACAUCUUUGCCCCCCAGCCACGGAAUGAAACAUCUUCCAGUGACAGGCACUGUCAUAUGUUGGCCGCUUUCUCACUCCUUCUCUGGCUAGCAUGGCGGUUUUGGGUCUUCUCGGUAUGCCCUCGGUUGUAUCGCAACCAGCUGGAGUACUUACCAUACUGGAUCCCAUUCUUAGGACAUGCUAUACCCUUUCUCCGCAACACCAAUGACCUGUUUGCCCGAGCAAAGAAAGAGUUUGGCCACCGGCUUUGCACCCUGCGUAUCGCCGGGGAGGAUAUUGUGUUGGUCACGACAGCAGCACAAAUAUCGGUGAUUGAUAAGGAUCGUCGCACAUACGCCUUCGAGCCCUUUGUGGACCUCAUGUACGAUGAGGUGGCCAAGGUCUCACGAGAGAGAAAGCUCAUUCUGUGGCGGACUCCAGCCGAGGGCUAUGUCUCGAUCUUUCCAAAUCCCAAACAAUUGUCAUGUGCUCACACCGGCAUCGCUCUUCUGCAUAAGCAGUUCUCGCAGCCCGAUGCAUUGCGGUCCUUUAUGGUCAACUCGUUGGCCUUGGUCAAUCAGACACUUCAGUGGGACUCGUUUUACGAGACGAGCAUGCUCCGCUCGACCUCAGAUGUCAAGGUUGUAUCCCUCGACUCCUUAUGCAGGGAUGUCAUCAUGGAUGCUCAGGUCGCCUCAUUCUUUGGGACCCGCCUUCUUGAGCUGGAACCUAACCUCCGCUCCAUCCUCAAGGAAUGGGACUUUGAAAGCUGGAGGGUUUCCUAUAAGCUCCCCUGGGUGCUGACCAAGCGGGCAACGCGGUUCCGCGACCGACUGGUCGAUGUACUCACACACUACUACUCCUUGCCCGCGGCGCAGCGGUCAGGAUCCGUCGCUUUUGUCAAUGAGGUCUACGAUGACUACAAGCAUGCAGGGCUCUCGGAUCGAGAUACUGCCGGGAUCGUGUUUACAAUUCUUUGGGGGCUCAACUCGAAUGUUACCGUCAUAGCCUACUGGAUGCUAGCCCAUCUGGCGGGGAAUCUGACUGUUGUCGACCAGAUCCGAGAAGAAAUUGCACCGAUCAUGCAAGAGAUCGAUACCCAUCCCGACAUUGACGGCGCCUCCCUCUUCGAAAUUACCAAGAACCCCCUCCUCACCCAAUGCCCCAUUUUCAAUUCCACAUUCCACGAGACGUUGCGCUACACUGGCACUGGCAGUAGCUUCCGCAAGACCACCCGAGAUACAACCAUUGAGGGUCGUCGCAUCCCUCAAGGUACUAUAGUGGCCAUUCCCCAGCGAGUGCAGAUGAUGAGCGAAGAGGCCUUCGGCCCGGACCCGGCUUCCUUCGAUUACUAUCGAUUCCAGCGGGACAAGUCGCUGCUUCGCAAGGUGGAGUUUCGCGGGUUCGGGGGCGGCACCACCUUGUGCAGCGGCCGAAUUGCGGGCCGACACCAGGUGCUUGCCUUUGCAGCUAUCUUGCUGUGGCGAUAUGAUCUGGAGAUCAUCGGCCCCGAUCAGGAGGUGCUGGGGGUUCGCGGGAAGCCUUUUCCCAGGUUGGAUGAAGCGAAGCCAAGUCUUGGUCCGGGGCGAACGAGGGAGGGUGACGACUUGAUUCUGAAGGUUACGCAGAGGAAAUUAUAGGCUUGAU